GAAGAGAGAAACGGAUAGGACAAGCGUGAACCGCGCGACCCCGCAGUUCUCGACCGUUGCGUCGCCGCAGCAACUCGCCUCGCCGGCGGCCGCGCGCCCACCGACGAUGGCAGCAGCAGCCGCAGCCCACCACCUUCCCGUUGUGCCGCACCGCCUUGCCCCGAUGCGGCAAAUCAGCAGCAGCCCGCCGCCGCCGCUGCAUCCGGCCUCCCGCUGCUCCGCCACGGGGAAGCUGCCCGUCCAGCUCCGAGCGGCGCCGGCGAGGGCAGAGCGGGCGUCUGGGUUCGCCGCACGCGUCGCGUUCAACCCCUCCGGGAACUACGACCUCUCCCUCUCCAUGGGCCAAGACGAGACCCCACAGGUCCAACCUCCGCCACCACCUACCGAAGGGCGUUUUGAGAUCAUUAUCAACAAUAACACCAUCCGAACACUCGACCUAUCGCCGGUUCAAGAAGCACUUGGUGACUUGAGUUCCUUAACAGCAGCUGAUUCAAAAACCCUGUUGGAUCAAACCGUUGGGUUCACCAUUAACUACGAGAGAGAGGAUGAGUACGACACGCGUGAGCUGUCAGAGUUCCCUGACAUACGGCUGUGGUUCGUGAGGCUUGACGCUGCUUACCCUUGGUUCCCAGUUGUACUUGACUGGAGAGCUGGCGAGCUUGCGAGAUACACUGCAAUGCUUGUCCCUCAUCAGAUGAGCAUGCGAUUGGGUGUGGUCUUCAACCCAGAGGCGCUGGAGCUGUUCGUGAUGAAGAAAGUGUUUGCUGUGGAGACUUGGCUGAAGCAGCAAAAUCAUCCGAAGCCGAGGUUGAAGACUGCAGACAUGGCCAGGAUGCUCGGUUUCGGUGUUGGAGACGAGCUGUUCGAGUUGAUCGAGAAGUACCCUGUCCAUCGUUCGUGAUGAAAUAUACAAAGCUCAAAAUGGGGAUCCGAUCCCACAGAAUCAGUUACAGAAUUGUACAGAAAGGCACGUUUGCAUUCUUCCAGGAGCUUGGUGCUGUUGUUGCUCAUGGCCUUUUCGCUCUGUUGUCAGUGGCAGCAAACGAGGUCGGUGCCCCUGCUCCUGCGACCUAGCUUGUCUCUGCAUUAGAAAAUAAUAAGUGUCGUCUACAGUGGGACGAUUUUUACAAGUCAAUGGAUGGUAAAAUGAAAUUGGGUAAAAUGGUCUACCCAGCGAACGAAUUACUUUAUGUCAUCUUUUGGUGUAGAAUGAAUUUGCCUUUGCAGAAAUAUAACAUACGAUUCUGAAAGGAAACCAUUUACUGGAAAAAGAAUAAAGAAAAUCGUUCCCAAGCGGACGACUUUGGAA